UUUAGGGCUUUCGAUCUGCAAAGAAGGGGUAGAUUCUGAUCUGAUAGAUUCAACUGAUAUUGAUCAUACAUCUGACAAUAUCAAUUGAUUGGGUUUGUUGGGAUUCAGAACAACUUACAGUAAAGAAUUUAUAGGUGCACAUUAGCUUCUAUUUUCAGUUUUCCGACAUAAUAUGCUCAUACUAUUAUCAAUUCAACAAUGAGAGAGUAUUGGAUAUCUAUUAGUCUCUUCUUAGUAAUUUUUGGAAGAACUCAGUCAAAGUGGACUGAACCACAUCCUAGUGCUUAUCUUUAUACUUAUUGAAAUUAUUAAAUAGUAUUUUCCUCACUGAGGUUGAUCUUAAAGAACUUGUUGACAGAAUUUCCCUGAUCUAUACUACUAAAGUGUACUUUUAGGACGGUACGACUAUCCUCUUUUCCCCUGGAUUCGGCUCUAAGAGUUGUUUUUAGCUUCAUAAUAAUAGAGCCAACACCUCCCUCACAAGUAGAAUUAUUGAUGUUAAUAAUGGGUUUUCUGGUCUACUUUGUGGUGUACAUUCUUAUCAAAAUUUCCCUCGAAAUUCCAUAUACCUUGAGAAAACAUGACACAGUACUUUUUGAUUUUGCUUUGGUCUCGACCGAGAUCAUUGGCCGAGAGUUCAUUCGAGAAUUUUGUUACUAUUAAUUAGGAUUUACCUCUAAUCUGGUUUAAUGAUAUCUAGUUCAGGAAUUUAAAGCUUGCCUUCAGUAUCAUUACACAGUUCUUUUGGUUAAUAUUAUGUAAGCAUAAUGAGUGCUAACCAGUCAGCUAAGAAAAUCACCAGCUAGAACGGAACCUGGUAUUGAUCAGGAGGCAAGUAGUUGCUGUCAAACUAGUUGAUAGCUCACCCAAAUUUAGUGAAAGUGUGAUCAUCUUUGCACUCAACAUUGUAUCUCUUUAAUUUAUGUUUCCUGACCAUACAUUGUUAUGAUAGCUUAAUUUAUUGAUAAUGCUCAUACUUUGUUUCUGUUCAAAGGUAUUCUCCUGCUAUUUGAGGUUAAUUUUAA